UAUUAUUGUGUUUGCUAUUAUUAAUUUAAUAAAAGAUGGUCACUAAGACAGAGCUGUGCCACUUCUCCGAAUACAAAGUUUACCCAGGAAGAGGCCAUAGAUUCGUAAGAAAGGAUGGAAGAACCUUCUUCUUCCUCUCGAGAAAGACCAGGUCUCUCCACUUCCAGAAAGUUAAAACUUCCGACUUGACCUGGACUCCUAUGUGGAGAAGGAAGAAUAGAAAGGGAGCCUACGCCAAGGCCGCCAGAGUCAGAACCAAGAGAACCACCAGAAAGAUGAAGGCCGUCGUCGGAAUGUCUCUUGCUGAAAUCAACAGAAUCAGAAACCAAGGAACUAAAGAAAGAGAUGAAAUGAGAACCAAGAUCAAGGAAGAGCAAAAGAAGAAGAAGGCCAAGCAAAUUGAGCAAAGAAAAGCUGCCCAGAAGGGUAAGAAGGGCAAGAAGGAUAAGGCCCAGUUUGGCAAACAACAAAAGCAAGGAAAGGUUAGAAGAGCCGGCUUCUAAUUCAAUGCUGAUAAUAAUCCUCUGAUCAACCAUGACAUCCAUUUAGGUUAGAUAUCAGGCAUCAAUUGCUGCUGGCUCGAGUUGAUUCUAUCAACUUAUAAUUACAAAUUGG